AUGAAUGGUUAUUGUCACUUUUCGGAAGCAGCUUUGUUACGGUUGCUCGAAUACGUUGGUCCUAUGGAGAGGUUGAAAUUACAACAGUGUUGCAAACGUUUUUAUCGAAUUUAUAGUAAAUGGUUUGAUAUAACCUCGUUGGACAUUCGAAUUACCGAGCAAAAAAUUGACGAUAGUGAAGAAACUGCCCGCAGGCGACGGUUUGUUCAGCGCUCGAAAAAUACUAAAUUUGCUUAUCGAAUACGGCUCGAAAAUAAACAUGGUACCUUGUACAACCUAAAGUCAAAUUCGGAUCGGUAUGCAAAUCGAACACUGAAAACAAUGCUUUCCAAAUUGCAAUCAUUAUCAGUGCUAACAAUUUGGGAUGCGUGCCUAAGCGAAGACUUCAGUACGGUUUUAUCUCAGUUGCAGUCCAUUACAACAUUACGGAUUUGGAAUUCGGUUCGUUAUUUUGAUAAGAAAAGGCCUGCUAAACGUUUGCUGCAUGCAUUAUUUUCCUUUCCGUUAUUGGAAAGCAUUUUCGUGCUCGAUUCCACGUUCAUGCAGUCUACUUCUCAAUGUACAUCUAUUUUCCCAUACUUUCUCGUGGAUUCUAUCCAAGGAUCAAUUGUUAAUUUACAAAUUGCUGGCAUAUAUAUUUCUUCGAAGACAUUUGAAGCAUUAUGUGAAAAAUUGCGAAAAACAGUAAAACGACUAGCGAUAGGUUGUACAUACGGUAAAGAAAGCAAACGAAAACAGUACUGCAAGGCAAUCGCAAAACUUGAGGUCCUAGAAGAUCUAGAUAUUCCACCACAUAUUUUUCAUCUCGGUGAAGUAAUCGAAAUCGACGAUGAAGCUCUCUCUUGUCUAUUUAAUAAUUCAAGAUUGCAUGGCCUUGGCUUCCGACAUUACAACUCUACAGUCCUCUUCCGUUUUAUCGAAUUCAAGAUGCCUCAUAAUAUCUGCUUACUGAGGAUACAUCACAGCGCCAAUCGAAUUCCAAAUUUUGCACAGCUCGGAAUGCUACAACCGAAACCUGAAGAAAAACCAGUACCGCAACGUAAAUCAUCUUGGUUGACCGCACGGAACAAUAGUAUGGGAUCCAAAAACAGUAUUGUUAGUUCAUCAGAUAGAAGUAUAGAAAGUUCAUCAAAUGAACUGUGGAAGAAAUCGCCAAGAAGCAGCAUAGCAGUAUCUGAAUCCUCACAUAUCACACAAAUUGCAGUUGAAAGCUGUGCCAAUUCUAGGAAGACCAACCUAUCUACCAGAAAUUUAACAAUUUUAGCUAUAGAAGAAGCGCCCCGAACAAUGAUCGAAUGCGCAAUGAAACUCCGACGGCGUGUUUACUCAGGUGUGGAAAUUUUUUACAUGCAAGAAAGCGUAGAUACUCAGGAAAUACUGGGUCGUAUGGCGGCACCAAUGAGAUCUCCAUACGUUUACACCAGAUCAUCAAAACGUGAAAUGCGCGUCAUUAAAGGUGAUCUAGUGAGGCCGAUACCGCUGUCCAGUCUAGGAAUGGAAAGUGACUAUGAAAUGAGCGAUUGGGAAGACUGA